CACACACACUCUCGCUCUCGCAUACAGCCUUACAGAGAUAGGAGGGGAGAGUCAGAGACGCGGAGAAGAAGAAGAGGAGUGAGAGAGAGUGAGAGAGAAGGAGAGAAUGUCUGCUGAGAGGGUGGCUCUCGUUCCUCGUUCACAAACCGGCCCUCGCUGAGACACCAUGGGCUGUAUUGGCUCCCGCACCAUCACAGCAGAUGCAGUUCCCGUUCGGAAAGAUGGGGAGCAGCAGGGACGUGCCGAGUUUUCCUGGGAAGGAAUCAAUCUGUCCAUGGAGGACACCACCUCCAUUUUGCCCCGUCUGAAGCGGAACACCAACUCCAACUCCUAUGGGAUUGGGGCUCUGGCUAAGUCCUCUCUGACAGGUGUGUCAGGUGUUACCAGAUCAAUGAAGGACAAAGUGACCAAGCCCACUGCCAUGGCUCAGGGUCGUGUGGCCCACAUGAUUGAGUGGCAGAGCUGGGGUCAACCAUCUGCAGGGCCAGAAGGGGGAGCGGGACGCUCCAAUCUGAUCCGUGCACGAGAGAGACGGCUUGAAAAUGAUGCCUAUUGUGAUCUGAGUGAUGGAGAAAAAGAGGCACGAAUGGCAGCGGGCAUUAUGCAGCAGCUUGCCAUUUCCGAGGCCACACUCUUUGCCUGGAACUCAAUGGAAGGAGAGAGUCUCUGUGCUGACUCCAACCAGGGCAGCGUGGCUCACCUCAGUGAGGUUAACCAGGAGAGCAUCACCAGCAGAGACCAGCCAUUGCAUCAUUCCUCUGCAGAAGUGUGGCCUCACACCUACGUCUCUCAAGGCCUUUACUGUCUUACCUCCUCUGAUGCAUGGGAGCCAAUCAGCAACGAGCCAUCGGGUGUGGCUUCUCCCGCUGCUGGCUCUUAUAUCAUGGCGGGCGGGGCUUCAGGAGAGGGUUAUGAUGGCUCCACCCACUAUUUACAGCAGCAGCAGCUGACACUGCAGCAGCAGAAUCAGCUACAGCAGCUCCAACAGUAUCAGCAGUACCAGCAGCAGCAGCAGCUCCUGCAGUAUCAACAGUCUUUGGAAUAUCGACUGCGCAGCGCCUCCCACUCCUUACAAGCCACGCCCAACAGCACUAUUCACAGUUUGGGCCCGCCCACUCACCCGAGACUGGCUGACCUGUGGGCGGCAGCUCAGGUGGAGCCUCAUCAGGUGGAGAUGAUGGGACAAAUGGGCAUGACCAUGGCCGAAAUGGGAAUGGCUGAAGUGUUCGGUGAGGAAUCUGUUGUGGUGGAGACCGAAUGCAUCCAAGAGGAAGAGGAAGCCAAGGAUGAUGAUAUAACACUCACCCUCGAACCCGAGCAGACAUCCGUAACUCCUGCCCUGACCCCUCCCCCUCAAAGAGAGGACUCUACCCCACCUGGGAGGAUGAGCCCAGGGCGAGCACCAGCAGAGCCAGUGGCUGAGCACAUGACCUAUGAGGUCACAUCCUGCGUCAUCCAAUCGCUGGAGGAGAAGGAAGAAGAGGUGGAGGAUGGGGCUGUUGUCGUGGUGGCAACCAACUGAUGGUUCAAAUCAAGGGGCAGCUAAAAGAACAAAAAACAAAACCGUCUGUGAAAUAAUCAACCAGUUAAGCUUAUCGUAUACGCCCUUUUACCCCAGAUGUGUACUCAUACGGACUGUCACAUCAGGAACAGAUUUAUUCGUUAUUAAACGCUGAAAGAACAUGCACUGAGUGGCGGGCGCAUUUAAAGACUAAACGUGGGAGAGCGUCAAAGCCGGGAUGAUGCAUUACAUGUGCUGCUUCUGCUGUUUUAUGGCAGGAGCGCUGAAGUCCAAGGCCGCUUGCAAAUGAAAACGAAGAGUGCAAUACUGAGAAAUCAAUACAACCAAAAGAAAGUGCAUGCAUUUUUUUCUUUUUUUUUAGUAUUUAAGUGACUGAAUUAACAAUAUCCACAUAGUAAUAAUAUAUAUUGAUUUUUGUAAUAAAACUAAAAGCCAAUGAAACAAUAUGUAUUUGUAUGUAUAUAUAACAUGUAUGUACUGUAUGUUAGUAUGAAUGUAUGAAUGUAUGUGUCUUCAAAGGUAUAUUCUAAAAAAACAUUA